CAACAUUAGCUCUGCUUUUGCUUGACACAUGGCUCCCUUGAAAUGCUGACUACGUUUGGUUUGCAUUGUGUACCUUGAUAUACGUUCAAAUAAACGAAUCCAUCAGGAUCCAGGCUGCCAGACCCACCCAGCGAGGAGGGCUGCCACAGCAACCAACUGUGACUGCAGACAGUCGAGGUGUCAGAGAUGUAAACUGGAAAAUGUACACGGACACCUGCUGUAAGAAUUGAUCAGCAUGUCUUCUGAGGAGGAGACUUCUGAGAAGUCCUCUUCCUUUACUCUCCCUCCCUCUUCCUCUUCCUCUGCCUCCACCUCCUCACCUCCACCUGCCUCCCACUUCAUCGGGAAGAAAGAGGACAUUGUCAAGGCCGGGCGUGUGACCAAGAUAGUGAAUGGAUGCAGAGAUAUACUGGUUCUGUACCACCAGGGGAAGUUUCACGCAAUGGACCCACGCUGCUACCAUUCAGGUGGUGCAUUACAGCAUGGAGACAUUGAGACUUCCUCUAUAGCUGCGACUCUAAUCACCUUCAUGCUGUGCCAACAUCAGGAGUUUAAUGGGCGGCUGUGUAUCGUGUGUCCGUGGCACAAGUACAAGAUCACACUUGCAGAAGGGGAAGGGCUUUACCAAGCUGUGGAAGAUCCUUCAGCCAAACCCCUGAAAACACACUGGCGCUCCAAGGGGGUGAAACAGAGGAUUCACAAGGUCACGGAGGUCAACGGGAAUGUAUACGUAACACUGAACGCCUCUCAGGAGGCCAUUGAGUCAGAUGUUUACCGGACUGAGAGAUAUAGUACUGACUUACACAAGCUCCAGCCCAAACAUAAGGCAAAUAAAUAACAUUUAAGGAUUGUUUUAGAGGUGAUUAAUUACUACUGAAAUGCUUAAAGGACAAUGUAAGACAUUUCUUUGUAUUUCAUUGGAAAGCUUUUCCAACCUUUAAAUCUGUUUGUCACAAUAAUUAUUAUUAAAAAACUGUUACUAAAUGUGUGAGCCAAUAAGCUACAAUACGACAAAGAUAAAUAUCUGAAAAUAAUAUAUAAUGUAGUAAGAUGAAUAUAGGACAUUCAAGGACACACAGUUGCAAUUGGAUAUCUUUCGUGUUGCGUGAUGUUCACUGUUCAGUACUGUGCUCCUGCUGGGAUGGACACCAACAAACAGGGCAUUACUGAAGACAUUGAACAAAUAUGAUUUAGAAAUGUCUAUUUUCUGCAGGAACUUACGACUGGUUUAUUCUAAGUGGUUUUGCAGUUCUUUGACACUGAAGUUAGUUUACUAGAGAAUUGUAGUUAUUAAAUGGUACAAAGAAA